CCAGUUGCCAGGGCAGACAGACCCACCAUGAGCAGCUUCCUCCACCACCUCUGCUCACCAUGCGGACGCUGAGAUGGUUCCUGUUCUUGCCUCUGUGCCUCUCCUGCGGCUACGCCUUUAUGUUCUCUUCUCUGAGAGACAAAGCCAAAGAACCCCAGGGGAAGGUGCCUUGCGGAGGGCACUUCCGAAUUAGACAGAAUCUACCAGAGCACACCCAAGGCUGGCUUGGGAGCAAAUGGCUCUGGCUUAUUUUUGUUGUUUUGCUGUAUGUAAUACUGAAGUUUCGAGGAGAUAGUGAGAAGAAUAAGGAGCAGACUUCUACUGGCCUCCGAGGCUGCCAGUUUCGCUCUCCACUAAAGAAACAUCAAAAUACUUCCCCCAGCAAAGACUAUGCAUUCCAUACCUUAACCCAACUUGAGAUGGACCUUGUGAAGUUUGUGUCCAAGGUGCGGAAUCUCAAAGUCACCAUGGCAACUGGUGGUAACAUCAAGCUGCAAAGCUCAGAGAUGCCUACAGAUCCACACAAUAAUAUCACAAUAUAUGAGAUAUGGGGAGAAGAAGAGUCUGAAUGAAUGGAUUUGUGUGUCAAAAUAGAGGGAAAAUAAUCAAGUGUUGACAGACAGUAUCCAAACCGAUUAAACUAUU